AUGAGGACUUCCUUCCCCUCUGAGUGCUGUAAAGAAUCACAGCUUAAUUCCUUAAAUCCACAGUCAUGGCUUCAAGUUGAAAGAGGGAAGCUUUCCAAAUUCUCUUCACAGUCUUCUUCUUCUUCUUCAUCAUCAUCUUCAUCCAUAGAAUCACUUAUCAAGGUCCCUGAACCACCUGUGCAACCGUUCUUUAAACCCGGUGAUUAUGUAGAAGUUUUAGCUCAGAUUCACGAAGAACUCGAAUCAUGUCCUCCGCAAGAGAGGUCAAAUCUCUAUUUAUUUCAACAUCAACUGUUUAGGGGCCUUGGUGAAGCCAAAUUGAUGCGAAGAAGCCUCCGCUCAGCUUGGCUGAAGGGCAGCACCGUGCAUGAGAAGCUUGUAUUUGGGGCAUGGUUAAAGUAUGAGAGACAAGGAGAGGAGCUUAUUUCGGACUUGCUUGCUACUUGUGGUAAAUGCGCACAAGAGUUUGGCCCAAUAGAUGUUUCCUCCGAGCUUGCUGUUGAUAUAAGUUCAGGUUCCCAUGAGACAGUUUCUAUGACGAAUGGCAACCGUAUUUUAAGAAGUGUCUCUUUUAAAAUUGGAGAUGAGGAAAUAGUUUGUGAUAGGCAGAAUAUUGCCAGCCUUUCUGCCCCAUUUCAUGCCAUGCUUAAUGGAUGUUUCUCUGAAUCACUUUGUGAACACAUUGAUUUAUCUGAAAACAACAUAUCGCCUUUGGGUUUUAGGGCAAUAAGCAAGUUCAGUAUGACUGGUAGUUUGAAUGAAGCGUCUCCAAAUGUUUUGUUGGAAAUAUUGAUUUUUGCAAAUAAGUUUUGUUGCGAAAGGCUAAAAGAUGCAUGCGAUAGGAAACUUGCCGCUUUAGUAUCUUCCAGAGAUGACGCUGUGGAGCUCAUGGAAUGUGCUCUCGAAGAGAACUCUCCUGUCCUUGCUGCAUCAUGUUUGCAAGUUUUCUUACAGGAUCUACCUGAUUGCUUGAACGAUGAUCGGGUGGUGGAAAUUUUUAGUCAUGCCAAUAAACAAGAGAAAAUGAUCAUGGUUGGGCUAGCCUCAUUUUCAUUUUAUUGUUUAUUAAGUGAAGUUGCUAUGAAUCUUGAUCCACGGUCUGAUAAAACAGCUGGUUUUCUCGAUCAGUUGGUAGAGUCAGCAGAAACUAACCGACAGAAGCUGUUGGCUUUUCAUCAGUUGGGAUGUGUACGGCUCUUGAGGAAAGAGUAUGAUGAAGCUGAACGUCUUUUUGAGGCAGCUCAAAAUGCUGGCCAUGUAUAUUCUGUAUCAGGCCUGGCUAGGCUGGGUCACAUCAGAGGUCAUAGGCUUCGGGCUUAUGACAGGCUCAGUUCUGUGAUUUCAUCUGGUACUCCGCUUGGAUGGAUGUACCAGGAGAGGUCCUUGUAUUGUGAAGGUGAUAAGAGGUGGGAAGACCUUGAAAGAGCAACUAAGUUGGACCCAACCCUAACUUACCCCUACAUGUAUCGGGCUGCUUCUUUGAUGAGGAAACAGAAUGUUCAAGCUGCACUUGCAGAAAUCAACAGAAUUCUUGGUUUUAAACUCGCAUUAGAAUGCUUGGAGCUCCGGUUUUGUUUCUAUCUAGCUCUUGAGAAUUAUCAAGCUGCGAUUUGUGACGUUCAGGCAAUUCUCACUCUCUCCCCUGAUUAUAGGAUGUUUGAGGGACGGGUGGCAGCAUCCCAACUCCGUACCCUCGUGCGUGAGCAUGUUGAGAAUUGGACAACAGCAGAUUGUUGGCUGCAAUUGUACGAUAGGUGGUCUUCAGUCGAUGAUAUAGGAUCCCUCUCAGUCAUAUACCAGAUGCUUGAAUCUGAUGCUGCCAAAGGUGUUCUAUAUUUCAGGCAGUCUUUGCUUCUUCUUAGGUUGAACUGUCCUGAGGCGGCCAUGCAAAGUUUACAAUUAGCCCGCCAACAUGCAUCCACUGAUCAUGAACGUCUAGUUUAUGAAGGUUGGAUCUUGUAUGAUACAGGUCAUUGCAAUGAAGGGCUUCAAAAAGCGGAGGAGUCUAUCAACAUCAAGAAGUCCUUUGAGGCCUUCUUCCUUAAAGCCUAUGCAAUGGCUGACUCUAGUCUGGAUCCAUCUUGCUCUUCUACUGUUAUUUCCCUGCUUGAAGAAGCUCUUAAGUGCCCUUCAGACAGAUUGCGCAAAGGCCAGGCACUGAACAAUCUUGGAAGUGUCUAUGUCGACUCUGCAAAAUUAGACUUGGCAGCUGAUUGUUACAUUAAUGCCCUUAAGAUCAGGCAUACCAGAGCACACCAAGGACUUGCUCGAGUACAUUUUCUCAAAAACGAUAGGACUGGUGCUUAUGAAGAAAUGACUAAACUGAUUGAGAAGGCCCAGAACAAUGCAUCUGCCUAUGAGAAGAGGUCAGAAUAUUGUGAUCGUGAAAUGACGAAAGCAGAUCUUGAGAUGGUUACGCAGUUAGAUCCCCUUCGAGUUUACCCGUACAGAUACCGAGCUGCAGUGUUAAUGGACAGCCGCAAGGAUAAAGAAGCCAUUGCUGAACUAUCGAGAGCAAUUGUAUUCAAAGCAGACCUUCACCUUCUACACUUGCGGGCAGCUUUCCAUGAGCACACCGGUGAUGUAUUGGCUGCCCUCCGUGACUGCCGUGCUGCUCUCUCUGUGGACCCAAACCAUCGAGAGAUGCUGGAACUUCAUAGCCGAGUAAACAGCCAUGAGCCCUAA